AUGGAAGUCGCUCUCACGUUUGGCAGUCUGGGCGAUAUCAUUGCCAUCUGCCAGGUUGCCGUCCAGCUGGGACGUGCCAUCGGUGUUGGAAGCGGGGUCGUUGGCGAGAGCGCCAAAGAAUACCAGGAUUUCGGUGAGGACCUGGAUGCCUUUGUCCGCAUCCUGAUGCAGGUUGUGGCGACGUACCAGCAGCACGAGUUUUCGCCCUAUCUAGACGGCCUUGACAAUGCUGCCAAGUCCGUCAUCGAUCAGUGCGGAUCUCUUAUUCAAGACACCCUGGAACAUAUCCAACCGAAAUACCAUGAGAGUCUCCGUGUUGGGGGGUCUGGCAAGAAGAUUAAUGAUAUAUAUAGGAAGAUUGAGUGGUCGAUGAGGGAGAAAGACCGGCUGCGGUAUACCCGGGAAAAGUUGCAAGAUGGCGUCCAGAGGCUUUCACUUCUGACCACCCUCGCUGCCAGGAAAUCCGCCCGAGUUGACAAUGCCACCCUAUGUAGUCGAAUCGAAGAAAUCCGACAGCUAGUGUCUGACACCAGCCAAAGUCGCGAGGAGAUAUUUGAACUUCUGCGAGUCCAGAGCAGAGCGAGUGAGAACCAAGCUGAAAAGCUCGAGGAUAUGAGCCAGCAGCUUGUGACACAGGAGAAGAGCAGCCGGGACAUUCUAGGGCUGGCCAAGGACACGUUCUACGGCAUGCUUGAAGUAAAAGCCCUCCUCGUUCAGAUCUCCCAAACUGUUAUCAAUCUACAGGUCAUAGCGUCUAACUCCAUGUUCCUUCGUCCACUGGACCCGACUAAGGAGCUUCCCGUCAUCCUAGAGGAUGCCCUUGGAAACGAGCUUCCAAUCCCAGCUCAAUGGCUGGAUUCAUUAGAAUGGGAAGUCCUUUAUGGCUUGCUUAAAGGCCACUUCAAAGGCCGUAACGGCUAUGAUAUGGUGCUGAAGCGAGAAUACGCCCUCGAAGAGAGUUCAUCAGGACGAGAUCUUGAUACAGAUCGGCCUCUUUACUUUUGCCUUCGAAGAGGGAUGAAGAUUAACAUGAGCAUGAUAUUCAACGCCUCUACCGUCGUCACUGGCGCUUGUCCACGAUGCAAUAAAGUGACAGAUGUGCCGGAAGAUGUCACUGUCCAAUGCACGAGUUCUGACUGCGGGAUGUGGUUCCGCACGCAGAAGGUUGUUAUCGAGGCCUCAGAAAUUUCGGAUUCAUUGCAAGUCACUGGUGUCAAAUCUGCGCCCAUCGGCCAGAUAGUGACAAGCGUUCCCGUCCAGCCUGCCGAUUUCCAAAGAGUGCGACUUCUUCGCCAAGAAACCCCUGAAUUUCAAAACACAUCCCCUAGUGACGAGAUGUACAAUAUUGAAAUGGAUGAGCGUAGGAAUGAACGAAGACACCAGCCUGCCAGGGCCUUCCAAAUCGGUAACAAAAUUAUCAUUGAAGACGGGGAUGGCGAGGUCAUCAAGACCUACGAGCUACCUACGAGCAAGGACCACAACACCGACGAUAGCAAAAGUUCAGCUGCAAGUAGCGAAGCUAACUUUGGAGGAGUAUUUGGAAGAGCUGUGGCGAGUGAGUCGGUAACAAAGGAGUCAGUCGUCGCAGAGACCGAGGCAGCGGACGAUAAGGACACCAUUGGCGGUGUCGAUCGGCGCAUGACCAAGGAUGAGUUCAUCCACGAGGUGGAAAAGUUGGAUUCCAAAGCCAACGCCUCCCCUGAGCUAUAG